UUUUAACGUAAAAAAAAACAAAAAAAAAAAUGAAUAAAUAAAUAAAGAUUGUUGAUAUUCAUACACAACAACAACUGGUUUAAGACGAAAUUUCGGAUACAUAUGGAUUACAUGAAGAAAUUCUACCAGAUUGUUUUUAUAAGUCAGUCGUAGAUAGUAAACAAAAGAGUGGUUUAUCGUGAAAAGCUCUUUCGUUUGAAUCAAUGAAUUUACUUUUCAUUGCAUACACAGCGACGAGAAAUAAAUCCAUGUAACUGAAAUAUAUAAAUAAACUUAAGUCUGAAAAGGAAAGUUUACGCAUAAAGCAUAGUUAAAAUUUUACUUAAGGCUAAGCAAAAAUGCAUAAAUAACUGAAAUGAUGAAAAAUGAAAAUACAAAAAUAUUAUAUAUAUAUUCGUGUGUUCUCGGAGAGAUAUGGUUCUGUUUUGUGCACCUACGUUGUACUUUUCGCAGUUUAAAUGUAAGACGAAUCAAGAAGAAUUAAUAGUUACCUAUGAAAUUGCCCGACGAUGGUACAUAUGGAAAUAUGAAAAACUAAAGUGUUAUGUAAUUAUUUAGACAAAUGAAAGUCAGCGUAAUAACGCAUAUCAGAAGGCUGUGCAUAGUAUCGUAUCGUAAAUAGCGUAACAUUCAAAACUGUCUAAAAAACUUUCAAGCACAACUUUCUUGAUUUUCAGAAACCAGAUCGCCCAAAAUUUUCGUUUAUUCUGAGAUAACUUAACUACGCUUAGUACGGUAAUGCUUUGCACACGCCUUUUUCAAAAUUGUCUUUAUGUAAAUCAAAAGGAAUCGUGUCGAACUUUGGUCUUGGGCCCUGUGAGAAGAAAAGCGUGUGUAUUUCUCCGCAAAUAUUUUCAUGCGCAUUUCUGCUCUAUAAUAAACGAAAAAAAAUUAAAUUAAAUCUACCCUAUACCACUCCGGUUAACACUGGUCGAAAUCGUGGUUCGAUCCGAAUCACUUUCAAUAGUGUUCCGCCUUGGGCUAAAAUAUGUCCACGAGCCAAAUUUCAACGGAAUUGCGAACUGCAGAAUGAGCGCAGAGCCGUCAGAACCGUCCGCAAGGUGUAAAAAGUUGAAGUGAAUUGCGGGAAAAUUUUUGCUCGUCAGUGUAUAUUUAAAAAAAGCUUCUAAUACAAUACAUUUUUGUUACUCUUACUAUAAAUACAUACUAUAAACAUGUUUCUCUCCUUGUUUUUAGUGUGCUUUGCUCUCUCUUAAGACAUGCACGUAUAAAGAGAUCUUUGCUUGGUUUCUUUUUUAUGUUUUUCUUAAUAUAUAUUAGUGGAUGGGUUGUUUGAAUAAAAGUUUCAGUCAAGAAAUUCAAUUUGGAGGAAUAAGUACUAAAAGUUAAAACAUUUAAUGUCGAAAGCGUAUAAUAGUAGAUAAUGUGAAAAAAACUAAAUUAAUUAAAGCGUGAAACCACAAGAAAGAUCUAUCAAAAAAUAAAAACACUUGAUAAUUGAUAAUAUAGCAUAUAUUUGGAGAACGAAAAAUUUAAAAAAAUAAUUUGGCAAAACUCGAGAAGAUAAAGUGUGUGUAUAUGACGAAAUAGAGUGAGUGAAUAGAGAAGGAUAGAUAUGAGGUGAAUAGACUAUGAGUUGGUGUGCAACGUUCAAUCGACGUUCAACGUUAUUAAUAAAAAUUGUAACAUUUGGACGAAAAAGAAUAACAAAAUAAUAAUUAAUUACACAUCAGUAGCUUUUCGCUGAAUUGAAAACAAUAAAUAUGCAAUAAGAAGGUUAUCGGGAAAGAUCGAUCGACCCAUUAGAUAAAAAGAAGUGUAUUCAUUAGCCUUAGUGAAGCGAAAACAAGAUAAGUACAACAACGUCUUGCGUUAAAAUCAUCAGCAAAGCAGACGCAUUCUGCCCUUAUUCAGGAGAAAUUAUUGAAUCCAGAAGGCAAAAUCACAUAAUUUAAUUACUAACCAAGCAAUCAAUGGAUAAGAAAAUGACUAAAUAAAUGAGAAUCAAUAAGUUUCAAGGGAAACCAUUAACAACAAGAACAAAGUUAAAUAAACCGCAUAUUUGCAGUAAUUUGAUCGAAGUCAAAUCACUAUCAUCGUCGUGCCCUUUUUUGAUUGCAUUGCCUCUGGUCUGAGCAGAAGAAAUUAAAAUAAUUUAAAAUAAAAAAAAAAAAAAAAAAAAAAAAAAUGAAUAGUUUGGUUAAGGUUUUCAGUAAUUUUAAGGAAUUCUACAGUGAAAUCAAUGGUGCUACGUUAACGGGUGCCAUUGAUGUUAUUGUCGUCGAACAGCCAAAUGGUGAAUUUCAAUGUUCGCCCUUUCACGUACGUUUUGGCAAACUGGGUGUUCUUCGAAGUCGAGAGAAAGUGGUGGAUAUUGAAAUAAAUGGCGAAGCGGUCGACAUUCAUAUGAAACUUGGUGAUUCUGGUGAGGCGUUUUUCGUUGAAGAAUGUCCCGAAGAAGACGUUGAAGAAUUGCCAGAAAAUUUAGCCACUUCACCAAUACCAUCUGAUCAUUUCCCAAAUAAAUUUAGAAGUAACGAUACAAUCACAUUAGAGGAGGACGAUAAUGAAGAAAAAAAGGCUGUUGAAGAUCUUCACUUGCCAUUGCCUUUACCUUUACCGUUGCCAAGACGGAACUCAAUUGAUUUUUCAAAGGAAUUAACCAGAGAAUCAGAGACUUUGCCGAAGUUUGAAAAUCAAGUGUCCGAUUACAGCCAAAGGAGACAUACCGAUAACACUUUGGAAAGACGGAAUUUAACUGAGAAAUUCAAAGAAUAUACUACACAAAAAUUACGCCAAGAAUGGGCAGAACAUGAAGAGAUUUUUCAAUUUGAUAAUUUGGACAAAGACAAGGAUUGGGGCAAUAGCACACAAAGGGAAGAAAAGACUGCAGUUGUUGUAGAGACCAAAGUGUCAGAUGAGAAUUCCAUAAAUCAAUUAGAAGCAGAAAUAGAAAAUACAUUAACACAGGAAAAUUCGGGAGAUAUUAAGCCAGAAAUUAAAAUAUCAAUUACUUCAGUUAACAAUUCAGAGCAGGACGUGAACAAUUCAAAUGCUAAUAGCACAAAGGAUGAGUCUAAAAGCAAAAAAAGACGUCGCAAGAGAUCUCAACUGAAGAAAAAGAAUUCUCAGCGUAAAUCUUCCACCAGCAGUUCAGUUAGUGGCAGUACACCACUGAAUACGGCCACCAAUGGCCCAGAGGAUAAACCAAUUGAGGAUGGUGACACUAUUUCCAUAUCAAUUUCAAAUAACACUACACAUUCGUCCUCCAAUGAUGAAGCUUCGCCCAAGUCGGGAGAACAACCUUCAGCUGCUUUAAUAACUGCCACAACUGGCGACGAAAGUCCCUUAUCUGAGACUUGUCAAACAUCACCGUUAACACCUAGCAAUACACGUAUACCCGAUUUAGAUAUUCAUUUCUUUUCGGAUACGGAAAUUACCUCAUCAGGAGGCAAUGGUCCCUGCGGUGUGGGCCGUGGUGCUGGUCGUCCGUCUACACCCAUUCAAAGUGACAGUGAACUUGAGAUCUCUUUACGCGAAAAGGAAGCCGAUAAUGAAUUAAUAACUAGCUCGGCUUCUUGGAAAUGGGGCGAAUUACCCACACCCGAACCCAAAGAACAAAUCGAUAAUAAAUCGGCUCAAGCUCAGGCUCAACGCAACUCAAUGCUUAGCAGUAUGUUUAACUUUAUGAAAAAAAAUAACAAAAUGCGUAAACAAGUCACCGAUGGCGGCAUAUAUUUGUCUGAUCUCGACGUUGAGCGCAUGGAUCCCGAAAGGAUGGCCUUAUAUUUUCCUACAUCAUCCAUAUCUAAAGAACCCUCGCCCGCUGCACCUGCUUUACAAAACGAAGACGAUCGUGAAAGCGGUAAUGGUACUAGUUUGCCACAUUCGCCCAGCUCUCUUGAAGGACAAAAGAGCUUAGAUUCGGAUUACGAGGACGGUAAACCGCUUGAUGGAAAAUACUUGGAUUUUGUUGCCAUGUCUUUAUGCGGCUUCAAUGAAAAAGGUGAUCCGUCCGACGAAGAAUUUGAACGUAACGCUGUUAAAUAUAAAGAUGUUUGUCAGAAUCCCAGUAUAUUUUCUUCACCAAAUUUAGUUGUACGUUUGAAUGGCAAAUAUUACAGCUGGACCGCAGCAUGUCCAAUUAUCAUGACCAUUAUAACAUUCCAGAAGCCUUUAACCAAUGAUGCCGUCGAACAAUUAAUGACAAAUGCAAAGCACGAUGUGGUUGCUGUCAAUAAAUCUGAAGUCGAUGCCAAUACACCAACUUCGACACAACAUCAGGCUAAACGUUCCUGGUGGUAUUGGAGACGUUCACAAAAUCCCGAUGCAAAGACUGCUAAAUUAGAAGAUAAGGCAGAAGAAAGAGAAGCAGAUCAAGCUGCUGUGGCUACCCAGACUACUCGUCCAAAUUCACCAGACAUAAGCGAUCGGACUUUGAGUAAAACGGAUUCCACUGUUAAUGCUGAAAAUACUUCUGCCAUGGUAGAUAAUAUGGAGGAUUUGUCUCAAGCAUCUUCGAAAGGUGAAGGCGUCAUCGAUAGUAAUAAUAAGCGGAUCAAAAACGAACGUUUCAAAAAGAGUUUAAGAUUAAGCUCGGAAGCGAUCAAACAAUUAAAUUUAAAAGAAGGUAUGAAUGAAAUAGAAUUCAGCGUUACUACCGCUUAUCAGGGUACCACACGUUGCAAAUGUUAUUUGUUUCGUUGGAAGCACAACGAUAAAGUGGUUAUAUCCGACAUUGAUGGUACCAUAACUAAGUCAGAUGUUCUCGGCCAUUUAUUGCCCAUGGUUGGCAAAGAUUGGGCUCAAUUGGGUGUGGCUCAGUUGUUCUCGAAAAUCGAACAAAACGGUUAUAAACUUUUGUAUUUAUCGGCACGAGCUAUUGGCCAAUCACGGGCCACACGCGAGUACUUACGUUCCAUACGUCAGGGUGAUGUUAAACUUCCUGAUGGCCCGUUGCUAUUGAAUCCUACUUCCCUAAUUUCAGCAUUCCAUCGUGAGGUGAUUGAGCGCAAACCUGAGCAAUUUAAAAUUGCUUGUCUUUCGGAUAUCAGGGAACUAUUUCCUAAUAAAGAUCCCUUCUAUGCCGGUUAUGGCAAUCGGAUUAAUGACGUUUGGGCUUAUCGUGCUGUAGGCAUACCCAUUAAACGUAUCUUUACCAUUAACACCAAAGGCGAGUUGAAGCAUGAAUUAACGCAAACAUUCCAAUCUUCAUAUUGUAGCAUGACCUUUAUUGUUGAUCAACUCUUCCCUCCUAUAAAACCGGAUGAAGUUGCUGCCAUCGAAUUUUCGCAUUUCAAUUAUUGGCGUGAUCCGAUACCAGAAUUGGAAUUGGAUUUAAAUGAGAAUACGGCAAGUGCUGGUGGCAACGGUGUGGUUAAUGCGAUAAAUCCUACACCAGCUAUCAGUGAGACUACUAUAAUAGUAAAUGCUACACAUUCGAAAGCUUUAGCAACCAUUCCAGAGAAUUAAAGCAUAAAGAAUAGAAAGAGAAUAAGAUAAUAUAUAGAAUAAUGAUAAUAAGCCAUUAAUUCAAAAUCAUUGCAUACAAUAACUACUGUGAAGUUUCUUGUUCCAAACCUUUAUUUAUUAUGUUUUUUAUUUAAUAUACACACACACACAUUAUGUUCAAAUUUCUAUAUGCAAGAAAGCAAUAAGAAACUUGCGAGUAUCUAACAAUGCAUAGAGAAUUUCAAAAUGCGUACAUGUAUCUACAUAUAUGUAUAAUGCAUACAAUGCACACAAACAAAUUUAGUAAUUCUUUGGUUUAUUUUUAUUGGCAAAAUAUUUACAAAAUGACAUAUGAUACGCUACGCUUUAAUAAGUGAUAGAAAAAACCAUGAAAGAUUCCAUAAAUGAAUUAAUAAUAAUUAACAAUAUAUGAAUCGAAUAUAGACAACUUUAGGAAUAAACGAAAUUAAUCCAAGAAUCUAAAUAAAAAAAAAAAAAAGACAUGAUUGGGUUGUCAGAAAAGUGAAAAGGUUUAUUCACGUGUUCGAAUUGUAUUGGAAAUGGCUGUGAAGUCUUAAUGAUGAUAUGUGUAUUUAAAAACCCUUUUCUCCCGUGCAAUUUCUUAUCUCAUGCGAUAAGAGUUUAACAUUUUAAUUAUCGCGAUGGAACAGAAAGUUCCUUAUAAACGAAAAAUCUAAACUUUAGAACUUUAAAACUUUUCAAGUCUUUAGCAAAACUGUACGCGCAUUCUCACGUUUGAAGAAGCAAUUGUCUUGUAAGAUCGUGAAAACUUAAUGAAAUUUUGACAUUGUUUUUCUGAAAUUAAGUCGUAAUGAAGCGACUUGACAACAUGACAAAGAUUCAUUACGAUCAAUAUAUACAAAUACACAUUCAUAACGCUAAAAGAGUAUGAGGAAGACCGACAGUGGCUUAUGGACGGUAAAUACUCGUCAUGCACAGUUAACUGGGUAACUAAGAUGUUAAACGUUUUCAAAAACUGGCUAUUACUUUACCGACAACCCAAAAAAAAAAAGAAGAAAAAAAUAUGAUACAUUCAUACAAACACAUAUAUUGUAAAAAAUAAGAGUAAAUUUUUGAUCUUCAUUAAUGUUAAGUAAAAUCACUUAAUAUACACUAAGGCACAUACUCGCGCAUAUACCUAUGCUAUCUUUGAAUUUCUAAAUUUCAUUUGUCAAGCCCUACGCCAUUACUGUUCACUUCAGUUCAGAAUUUCGCGCUCAAUUCAUUUCAAUAAUAUGCCUUAGCUGGCCGCCUGUAUUUCAUCUAAUAUUGUGGAGUGGACCUCUAUCGCUUUUAAACACAUUAUUGGGAACACUUUUUUUUAAGAAUAAUUUUUUGUUUAUACAAUUAAUUUUUACAAACUUUAUCGAAAUAUGAUGUAAAAAAGUCAAGCAGACUGAAGUCGUCCUGAAGAAUCUCCUUUUGUCUUUCCGGACUUGUCUCAUCUUGCGGUAUUUAAGCCGGCUUAAAAUUAAAUUGUGAUUAUUGGGAAAUUAUUGUGUGUGAAGAUGGAGGAUAUUUAGAUAGCACUAAGGUGUAGAGUGUAGAAGAUGGUGGGCUUUUGUUGACUAUAGCUUUUUUUACAUUCGAUUUUUAUGGGUGAGUAAUUUAA